AUGAAGUAUGAUGAGUAACAGUGCUUCUUGAGUUUUUCAAGUUAUUGUCGAAAAUAGAGACAUAUAAAUUUUUCCUCGCAAGAUCUAGUUAUGAAGAAUUGUUAGAGUAAUUUUGAAAAGUAAUGAUCAUUUAUUUUUUAGAUUAUAGAAGUGUUUCGAGCUUGACUUAGUUCAAUUUCUAUUUUUGAAUAUGCUCUCCAUUUUAAAGAGGUGA